AUGUCCGAGGUUGAUAUUGACCACAUGAUUAACAUGAAAAAGGGUGGGAUUAGUGUUGGGCAGAUAUAUCGAGCAUUAGCAAAUCAGGCAGGUGGCUACGAGUAUCUCUCUUUCACGCAAAGGGACAUGUACAAUAAAAUAGCAAAGCAGAGGCAUCAAUUAUCUGGUGAUGCAUAUGCAGCUUUGAAGUAUCUAGAAGAUCAAGCAACAAAUGACCAUUCUCUCUAUUUUAAUCAUCAAAUGGAUGCCGAUGGUACUUUGUGCAAUUUAUUCUGGUGCGAUGGUCUUAGUAGGGCAGAUUACUCAUUAUUUGGCGAUGUGCUGGCUUUGAUGCUACCUAUAAGAGGAAUAAAUAUAUGUGUCCAUUGGUGGUGGUUGCUACAACAACUGAAGGUGGCAAUGAAUGGGAAAGCACCUGUUUCGGUUAUCACAGAUGGUGAUCUAUCAAUGAAGUUUGCCAUUGAGAAAGAGUUUCCUAAUGCACAUCAUAGAUUAUGUGCAUGGCAUCUGAUUUUCAAUGCAACAAGUAACAUUGGCAAGCCCCAGUUUACCUCCAUGUUUAAAAAGUGUAUAUUAGGCGACUAUGAAAUUGAUGCAUUUCGUCAAAAGUGGUUUGAAAUGGUUGAGGGAUUUGGUGUCAAAAACAAGAAUUGGGUCCUAGAUAUGUAUAAAAAGAGACAUUCAUGGGCAACUGUACAUAUAAGAGGGAAGUUUUUGCUGGUUUUCAGACUACUUCUCGGUGCAAGGGAUUAA